AUGUCAGUGAUGAGUCGCAAGUUUAUUUAUGCUAAUAUGCUUCGCGCGGCAGAGAUUCGUGUUCUAAUAAAUGUGUUAUUCAGCGAGGGAAUGUUGAAACUCAUCGAAGCAUGGCAGCCGUUGCGUACUUUUGCAGGGGAUCAUCGAAUACCUUCGAAUUUGUACAAUAUAGUUACGGAUCGUAGUUCUUAUGACAAAAGUGAUAUUACUACUUUAAUUCGAAAUGUGUUACAUAGUGUCGGGUGUGCCAACGGAGAAAAUGCUAACGUUCGCGUUGACGAAAUGACAAAAGCCAGACUGGUAAUUAUUUUGUUUUUAGCAUUUAUAGCAACGCUCUAUGAACGUAUUGAUCAACCGUAUGUUCGUGAAUUAGCCGGAAAAUCAAUAAUUGUCGAAAAAAAGCAAGCUGAAUAUUUUAGUAUGAACGGUUUGUCUACUGGUGAAAUAAUGGGAAGCAUUGUAUCUAGAUUAAAAGGAGGUGCAGGAUGGGAUGCUUUGGUUGGUCGGUUUACGUGGUGGAUUCCGGAUGAACUGUCAAUGAUGGAAACAUUGACGGAACCAACUUUUGAUCGCAGUUUACCUUCGAUUCAGCAGUUUUCCUAUAUAGCAAGCUUAAUUGAAAAUUGCACUUUUAAGUAUACCGAUGAAGCUUUAAUUCGUGUGGUUCAAUGGGGCAAUGAGAUUGAGCUAAAAAUAUCACCAUUGCUUGGCAAAUCUGUUCAGCAAAUGCAUCAAUUCGCUGGUUUUCUUCAAACAAUCGAAUAUUCAUAUAGCAUGUGCAUAUCGUAUAGCGUCAAUUUUAAAGAAUUUCCGAUUGAUCAAAGUGUUGAUCAUGUAUUCAUGGAACUGUGUCAUGCGAUUUUCAACGGCAUGUUUCCUGACCAGGCACAUGCCAAUCAGAAACAUCAAUUUUUCAUCUGUGAAGAAACUGUUGGUCGAGCUAUUGAUCUUGUAUCAGAUCUUCUACAACAACUCAGGAUUUUCAUGGAUGACUCAAAUGCGCCAGCAUAUAACGGUAGUCACAGUAAGACAGUUAUAAUAUUACCCGUCAAUAGUCCCGGACGUGCAGAGGAAGCUCCAGUUAAAAAGAAGAAUUUUGGUGAGUGUCAGUAA